AUGGCGGCGACCAACCCAGGAGAUUUAACGCAAAUCCAGUUGCGUGAAAAUUUAGAAUUGCAGCUCUCUGAGGUUGAAAUGCUUCGAUCUAUGUAUCCAGAAGAAGAGGAGUUCAAUUUGGAUGAGCAAGCACUUCUAGAUGUACAAGAAUUUUGUUCUGGUAGGACAGAUGAAAAACCACAUAGUCUUCUUAACUUCACACUGACCAUUAGCUUGCACGACUGUAAUGGAGAUGGUGGGAGAGAAAACUCUAUAGAUCUGUCUUGUUAUUUCCCUCAAGAAUAUCCCAACAGUAAACCAGAGCUCUUUGUUAGAUCGCAAAGUCUUAACAGAGAAACUCAGAGGGAGCUUAAUGAGGAGUUAAACUCUCAUAUAACUGCAACAGUUGGCUCUGGAGAACUAUGCACAUUGCCAGCACUACAAUGGAUUCAGGAAAAUGGGGAAAUGUACAUUGCUCGUAGCCAAGCUGAAAUUAAAUCUUCUACAACAAUUACAAGCAAAUCUCAAGAAAAUGAGGUUAAAAUAAAAAGAGAUAGGAUGUUCUUACGAAUGUGGUUAUAUAUGCAUCACAUAUAUAGUAAAACAAAAAGGAAAGAUAUUCUUCAAUGGGCCACUGACUAUAACCUCACUGGUUUCUGUCUCCCGGGUAAGCCAGGGGUUGUUUGCUUGGAAGGUGAUGAAUACAAUGUUGAAGAGUACUUCAGUCGUUUACGGAGGCUUAAUUGGAAGAAAAUUACUUGCAGACAUCGAGAAAAGGGAGAAGAAAACAAAAGCAUUGAUGAUCAGAGAAAGUUUCCUGGAUUUGAAGAAUUGUUCUUUGAAGUUCAUGGCACAAGAGAAAACCAUAUGGAUAUGGGCCAGUUUCUUCAUUAUUUAGAACAACAUAAUUUAGGUUAUAUUUUUCAAAUUUUAUUUGGUAUAGAAGGUAAAUCUUCUUUUGACAAGUAAAAGUAACAAUAAAGAUACAGUAUUAUUUAAAUACAAAAUAACCAGUGUAAAUAUUUUAUAUUGGGAAAUUUAAUUAAAGAUGGUAACUAAAAUUUUGUUUUCUUUUCUUCUGAGAAUGUACCAUGAGUUUCCUUGACAGGAUGCUUGUUAGCACCCAACCCCACCCCCAUCCUCACUCCCAACCCUCCCCCACCACUACCACUGCUGCCAACACCUUUUCGUGAGAAAAAUAACAGGAAUUGUACCUAACAAUAUUAAGACAACAGGAUGACUGUGGGAAAAAAUGAUGUUGAGCAUAUCCAAAGGAGAAUGCUGGCAGCUUAUUCUACACCAUGAAGUGUGUGAUCAUAUGAAAAGGGGAUGUUCCUUAGGCAGACGGGUCAUUCCAUCCUAAGCUACCUUCUGUACCAAUCACACUAAACGACUAUUGGGUCUAUAUUAGGCCAUCAAUUCCUUGUGUCACGCCUGUCAUAUCAGUGUUGCGUGAGAAUGAAAAUUAGAGGUGUGCUCGGGGACUGGACACCACAGGAGAAACCAUCAUUGCUGCCGCUUUCGCUCCAGAGAUCGAAGAAUCAAUCGGAAGGCUUCAAGCCUUAACCAAGCCACAGAUAUUGUGUAGAGUUCCCGGCAGUUGUACAGGUGGGCACAAUUGUCAUCUGUUAUAUAUAUAACACUUGCAAGGUUCUCCUUGUUUAAGAACGAAGAGCAAGAUCAGUUUGACAUAUUUAAAGUUCGUCACAAAAACAAAAUUUUCCUCUGCGUUCGGUCAUGAUGUCCGUUUCAGCUUGCUGCGUCGGAAUGUCUUGUUCAUUUUUUUUUACGUCCGCUGUGAUCAGCCACUUUCAUUUGUUUGAUUCCAAAAUGCAGUAAGAACCUCUCAUGCAUUGUUGUUAGGUAGUUUUGCUUUGUUUAAACAUAUGCGCAAGAUUGCGAUUUGUAGAUUUUCAGUGAAGCUUCCGCUUGAGCAUCUUCGAUUCUCGGAGUCGAAUUUUUGUUAAUUUCUGCGCUCUUGCCUCAAUCGAGUUGUGUGGGCGGAAUUUAUCAAUCAGUAAGAACCGCUUAUUUAACUUUUGCUGAUUUUGAAGAGGUUUCUAACUUGUUAACGUACUCUAUGGCUGUAAAGUUGAGCUAAUAUAUUAUCGAUCGAGAGUGUAUUGUGUUAGACCUACUGAGUGACUGUCCAUUUUUAACAAUUUAAUACCUGAACAUACCUGUGGUGAGUAUUUUUUCAAUCGCCUCUUUUUCUCCGGAGGAAGAAAUUAGGCUCAACUGGAAUUGAAUUAUCGCGAUCAAGUCGCUAAUAUUCUUAACUUUUCAUUUUUCCAGUGUGAUGCUUUGCUCACAUAGAGACAUGGCUCGAGAACUUGUCAACGAAUAUAGUAAUUAAUUACACUUUGCUUGAUUUUAAAAUGAAAGUAAAAUUGGUUAUGAAGGGGAAAAUGGAACAUUUAAGCUAAUUUUUGCACAACAUAAAUUGUUAUUCAUGUACACAUACAUAAGAAUGCAGUUUUUAACAACGUGUGUGGUUCUAGAAAAGUGUAUCUUGCAAGUUGUUCAUUUCAGAAUCAAAAAUUCCGACCACUCUCUUCAAACCCUUACACAUAUAUGUAAGUUUAACAUAUUAAUGCGGAUCAAACUUUAAUUUAUCGUUGAUCUGUUCUUGAAGGUAAAAAAAUCAGGAUCAUUUCCGCUAAAAAAUAGAUGUUUACUUGGCAGCUUUCAUGCUUGUUCAAUUCUGUCACUUUUCUGGUUUCCUACGUGGGUUUGGUGUUAGGCAAGUCAUUUUAUGUGUAACCAGCUGCUUUCCUUGUUUUUACUAACUUACUAAACAAUUUUCGUUUUCAUGUUAUUUACUUCAUGUAAAUUUAUUCAUAAUCAUCAAGAUUUGUGGUAACAAAUAUUGAUCAAGAAUUUAUAAUUGCCUCGCAGCAUUUUACUUUGUACGAUAAUUGACUGUUUUUUUUACAUUAAAUAUUGUCACUGUAUAAUCCCAACAAAAUUAUGUCUGAGGGUUGAUCUUCUGCUGAUUUUGUGGUUUCACAUUCAUGAAGGUAGCGUAACCAUCUCAUCAGUGACAUUCAAUGUUCAUCUGCAAUAUCUCACAUUAAAUAACAAGAUAUCCUGAUUUGCAUUGAAAAAAUAGAGUUACGCUCGCCUGAUAAAUACUGCAGCUGUUUCACUUGAAUACUAGUACUCAUAGAACCAUUGCAUAUCUUUUCUGUCACUUCCAGAAAAUUAUAAAUUAUCUUAAGUGUUUUGAAGAAUGUCUUUUUUAAACGUCUGAAAAUUUCCAACCUUAAAGCAAAAAGAAAAAUUUUCUUUUUAGUUAAAGAACCAGGUGAUUCAAAUUAUACAGUUACAAAAAAAAGUUAUGUGCAAAUAAUUAACAAUUAUUAUUGGAUGAGGUUGAGCAAAAUAUCAUGAUUUGUCAGUGGCGAGAGGGACUCUGACAAAUCACAAUAUUUUGUGAUAACAGAGGUCAGUAAUUGUUUGAUCAUUUGAUCACCAAGUUUGUUUUUUAAAGGAAUAGCUUCAGGAAGCAAAGCGAUCUGCCACUUUCACACGAGCAAUCACAAGAUGGAGAGAAACGUGGUUUCAUUUAUGCAUUCAUGAACCGAAUAUUAUUUGCAGCCAAACAAAGUUGGACGACAUUGUGCAUGAGCAGACCAUUUUUUGUAGGCAGUUAUUUCCAGGUCACGUGGUGGGCCAAUAAAAAGGAAGAAAAAUUUGCAACAAAUGAUUAUUUAAUUUUUUAGCCUAUGUGCAGAUGUCUCCUUUUCCUACAGUAAUUAAAUUAAAAGGAAAUACUACACAAUUAAACCUCUCUACAGUGGCCACCUUUUGGAUGGAAAUAAGAGUAGCCUCAGAAGACAUUCUUAAGCCUGGUUCUCAUAUGCUGGCGAAGUAUGUGACAUGGCUGCCGAUACUGCCUGCGAUACUACUCCGACAUAUGAGGACACACCGCCAGCAACAAGAAACAUCGCAGGUCUUUACAACUUGCAUUCCUGCGAAGUCAAACUUCAGUCAACUUCGGAGGCAUGCCAACGGUGAAGACUGACAUGGCCUCUGCUACCAGCACCUUCUGUUCUCACAUCAGAACAGUGUCGCAGGAAGUACCGGCAGUUAUGUCACAGGUAGCUUAGUGGCAUAUGAGAACCAGGCUUUACUUCAGAGUGAGCACAGGUCUGUCGGAGGCUGAUCCUUUUUUGGUCACCACAGGACACCGAAGUAGAAAUUGCAGAUUACAAUGGUAUGAUUGUAACAUAUUUCUCCUUUUUUUUUCAUGAUCUUCACUGCAGGCUUGACAAUGUCUGUAUCAUCUGUAAAUGGUCCAAGCUCUGGAUCAACUAUCGUUAAAGUAGGCUGGCUUCAGAAACGAGGUGAGUAAACGAGGUAAAUUUGGCCAGGGUUAUGGGAAGCAUGCUGAACAACCCCACCCUAAUUCUCCAAAAGCACCUUUUAACCCUUUAAACCCUAAGAUCAAAAUUUGAAUUCUCAUUUGUUGCCCCUAUUCAUUUCCUACAGAAGUAGUGGGGAGAAGUUGAUAAAAUAUCAAGCAAAUUCAUCUUGUGUGAUGUAAAAAAAUCAGGAUCAUUUCCGCUAAAAAAUAGAUGUUUACUUGGCAGCUUUCAUGCUUGUUCAAUUCUGUCACUUUUCUGGUUUCCUACGUGGGUUUGGUGUUAGGCAAGUCAUUUUAUGUUUAACCAGCUGCUUUCCUUGUUUUUACUAACUUACUAGACAAUUUUCUCUUUCAUGUUGUUUCAUGUAAAUUUAUUCAUAAUCAUCAAGAUUUGUGGUAACAAAUAUUGAUCAAGAAUUUAUAAUUGCCUUGCAGCAUUUUACUUUGUAUGAUAAUUGACUGUUUUUUUUACAUUAAAUAUUGUCACUGUAUAAUCCCAACAAAAUUAUGUCUGAGGGUUGAUCUUCUGCUGAUUUUGUGGUUUCAUAUUCAUGAAGGUAGCGUAAACAUCUCAUCAGUGGCAUUCAAUGUUCAUCUGCAAUAUCUCACAUUAAAUAACAAGAUAUCGUGAUUUGCAUUGAACAAUAAUAGAGUACGCUCGCCUGAUAAAUACUGCAGCUGUUUCACUUGAAUACUAGUACUCAUAGAGCCAUUGCAUAUCUUUUCUGUCACUUCCAGAAAAUUACAAAUUAUCUUAAGUAUUUUGAAGAAUGUCUUUAAAGGUCUGAAAAUUUCCAACCUUAAAGCAAAAAGAAAAAUUUUCUUUUUAGUUAAAGAAUCAGGUGAUUCAAAUUAUACAGUUACAAAAAAAAGUUAUGUGCAAAUAAUUAACAAUUAUUAUUGGAUGAGGUUGAGCAAAAUAUCAUGAUUUGUCAGUGGCGAGAGCGACGCUGACAAAUCACAAUAUUUUGUGAUAACCGAGGUCAGUAAUUGUUUGAUCAUUUGAUCACCGAGUUUGUUUUUUAAAGGAAUAUCUUCAGGAAGCAAAGCGAUCUGCCAUUUUCACACAAGAGCAAUCACAAGAUGGAGAGAAACGUGGUUUCAUUUAUGCAUUCAUGAACCGAAUAUUAUUUGCAGCCAAACAAAGUUGGACGACAUUGUGCAUGAGCAGACCAUUUUUUGUAGGCAGUUAUUUGCAGGUCAUGUGGUGGGCCAAUAAAAAGGAAGAAAAAUUUGCAACAAAUGAUUAUUUAAUUUUUUAGCCUGUGUGCAGAUGUCUCCUUUUCCUACAGCAAUUAAAUUAAAAGGAAAUACUACACAAUUAAACCUCUCUACAGUAGCCACCUUGUGGAUGGAAAUAAGAGUAGCCUCAGAAGACAUUCUUAAGCCUGGUUCUCAUAUGCUGGCGAAGUAUGUGACAUGGCUGCCGAUACUGCCUGGGAUACUACUCCGACAUAUGAGGACAUUACACCGCCAGCAACAAGAAACAUCGCAGGUCUUUACCACUUGCAUUCCUGCGAAGUCAAACUUCAGUCAACUUCGGAGGCAUGCCAACAGUGAAGACUGACAUGGCCUCUGCUACCAGCACCUUCUGUUCUCACAUUAGAACAGUGUCGCAGGCAGUACCGGCAGUUAUGUCACAGGUAGCUUAGUGGCAUAUGAGAACCAGGCUUUACUUCAGAGUGAGCACAGGUCUGUCGGAGGCUGAUCCUUUUUUGGUCACCACAGGACACCCAAGUAGAAAUUGCAGAUUACAAUGGUAUGAUGGUAACAUAUUUCUCCUAUUUUUUUCAUGAUCUUCACUGCAGGCUUGACAAUGUCUGUAUCAUCUGUAAAUGGUCCAAGCUCUGGAUCAACUAUUGUUAAAGUAGGCUGGCUUCAGAAACGAGGUAAGUAAACAAGGUAAAUUUGGCCAGGGUUAUGGGAAGCAUGCUGAACAACCCCAGCCUAAUUCUCCAAAAGCACCUUUUAACCUUAGAAAGAGUCAGUCCCUUCACAGAGCACAGCCAUUUUUUCCACCAUUUUUUCGCUGACCACCUUCCUCCUGAUCAUAAUAGCCCUUUUUUUUAUCCGAUUCCCAGGGGAGUACAUUAAGAAUUGGAGACCUAGAUAUUUUCAGCUUUGGAGUGAUGGUACUUUCAUUGGGUACAAGGAGAUUCCCAAGUCAAGAGAAACUGAACCUUUGAACAACUUCUCUGUUUCCAGUAAGUACACUGAUAAAUAACUUCAAUACUAAACUUCAAUAAUUGAGUAAGUAACAUUUAUAACAUCGGAAAUCGCCAAAGUAUCUUUAUUAUGUGCUAAUGUUAAUUUGCACUUUUAUACAUGUAUACUGGAUAAUAACUCUUGCCAGUUCAUCGUCAAGUUGCCAUGGUAAUUGACCAAUUCUAGGUUCUAUUGCAUUAUUUCUCCCCUGACCCAGCAAAGCUUUGCUCUAGGAGCACUCAUGUAGCCCCGCCCGGCACCUUUGUUAUUAUACACUCUACAGUGUAAUAUAAUUUUGUGAUCUAAUGUAUUUUUUGUUAUUUAUUUUACCAGAGUGCCAAAUUAUGAGAACAGAAAAGCCGAAGUCAAAUUCAUUUAUUAUAAGGUAUAGUGUGUGUUUAUUUUCCAGUGCUUGAACCCUCUGAAGCUUUUGUAACAGGGGCGGAUCUAGGGGGAGGGUGCAGGGAGUGUGCACCCCCCCUUAGAUGACCUGCGGUUUUCUAAUACAACUGGUAUUCUGCAAAAAAAAAACUAUGUAGUUUAUUGGUGUUGAAGUAGAGCAAGAGACAAGUGCACCCCCUCCGAAAAAAAAAUCCUGGAUCCGCCCCUGUGUACUCUAAUAUAAAACUGGUAACAGCAAGCUUUCUAUUACCUAUCUGAGAUGUGUGAUAUGUAUGAACUCAUAACAUGAGAAGAGCCACCUUUCUGUUACCUUGAAAAAAACAAACAAAACAAGUGGAAAGGAGACCAGGUUUAUGGCUUAAUGUCACCUCCCAAGAUCAUUGGCAUUGAGACUAGAUUACAAUGCUGUGCUCUAAGGAACGUUGAAGGGAGCCCUGUGCUCUGAACCUGUGAAAUCCAGGGUGCCCAGCAUAUGAUUUGUAUGCAAAAACUAAGAUUUUCUGGUUACCGGAGAGCAAAAGUUAGGCGCUAGGGGACACCGGGACAGGGGCACAGCCUUGGAUUAUCACUUCACCCAGCAUGAGCUUGUAGUCCAGCAUUGGUUUGAGCACAGGCCUCCCACUCAGCAACCAGGGGUAAGCCUGCUGACUUAACUUGGUAGCAGUAAGUUUCCAUGAACUUAGUGUUUGGUGUUGUUAGUGAUCAACAUCAAUUUUCUCCUAACAAUAUUAAUACAUAACCAAGAGAAAAGGUUAUGAGAGUUAAUGCAGUGAUCACCAAAGAAAAAGGUUUUGAUUUUUAACAAAUUUUCUCAACAAAAAUUUAUGAAGAUCUGUCUGGAGAAUUUGUAUGCAGGUAUUGGAAAGAGAAAAUGGAUGAUGGUGACCUUUUAGGGAUAAAAGGUUACCAUCGGUGAAAUCUUGUGUAAUUUACUAUAAAAAUAAUACGACUUUCAGUACAUAGAAAAAUGUUUUGUGAUGUUUUUCUUAUCCACAGAUGUUGGCAGUGGACUACACUGAUAGAGAGGACAUUCCAUUUAGACAACCUUGCUGAAAGGUUUGCUGUUCACUAAACUGCAUCUGAUUGCUUGUGGUUACAGUUUUUUUAUUAUUUUCUAAAGGUUUAUGUCCAAUUUUCCCCUUGCCUCUUCCCUUUUGAGUGCCUGGCAUGGAGGAGGCUAAGGAAAGAGGCCCUGUGGUGGGUAGUAAUGUCCUCUGGGGGGGUGGUAAUGUAUGUCCCUAGACUGAUUUUCAAAACCUGUUGUUUUGCAUUUUGAGAAGGUGGCCAUGUCCCUGUUGGUAUUUUACUAUUGUAUUUGGAAUUUCAGUUUCAAUACCAUCUUCAUGUCGCUGUUUCAAGGCCUGUGUUGCUUGUUGAAAUGUUACCUUAGGGGCCUCAGGAAAGACCCGCUUGUCACAUAGAUUGGAAUUGAAUUGCAAGUCUUGGUUUUAUUCAAAGCCUCUUAAGCUUUUAGCCUUAAUAUUAUUUUGAAAUGUUCAUAUGCACAGUAAAUUUUGUUGUCAAAUUUUUCAGAGAAGAAUGGGUUUCUUCCAUUCAAGAGGUAGCUGAUAAAUUGCGUGAAAGUGCAAAAUAUGAAAAAGAGGACUCAGUGACAGAUGAAAUCACCUUGAGAAGUCAAAAAAUGGUUUGUUAAUUAACUUUUUGUUUUAGAAGAAAACUGACUAACUGCCUCAAUGUAUGCUCUGUUUUACUGUGUCAGUUUGUUCUAAUUAGCAUUGUCCUUUAGCAUUCCCCCAAAACAUUCCAGUUUCAGAAAGCUCAGUGUUCUAAACAGGAUUUACGAGUCUUCAUAGCUAAUAACAUCACGGCUUAACUGACAGACGACCAAUAACAUCACAACAUAAUUGACCAAUCAAAUCAAUAACCAGAGUAUAAUAACAUCAACUGACGUGAUACAACUCACUUUGACUCCGACGAUGACUACAGAACAGGUUGUCGAAACAUCAGUCACUGUCAACAAUAACAGUCCUAUUCAGGACUACGUUCACCCGGUCGAUCAAACUCAACCUACUUUGACAGGAUUUUUAGUUGGGCAAACUUGAGGGCCCCUGAUUGAAAUAUCAGGCCCACACUAAAGAGAAGUCAUCUCUCAUACUUAUCAGCUGCAUGUAUUACUAUUUUUCCUAAAUUUUAAAUAUCUUUUUUUAGACCCUAGAUGAUUUCCAUCUACUGAAAGUUCUUGGAAAAGGGACAUUUGGUAAGGUCAUGCUAGCAAAGUUCAAGACGACUGGCGAAGUUGUUGCGCUUAAGAUUUUAAAGAAAGAAGUUAUUGUUGCCAAGGUCAGUAAACACAUUUUUUUUCAACAACUCACGAGCAAGAUGGAGUGGUAGUCACUUCUGAUAGUCUCAUUUACACAAGCAAUUUCUUGUAAUUUUCAUUGUGAUUUGAUAUGGACUUAAACAUUAUCCAAUAAUAUUUAAAUCAAAAUUUCAUCCCACAGGAUGAAGUCGCACAUACAUUAACAGAAAACAGAGUACUAAGAACAAUGGUUCAUCCUUUUCUCACAGUAAGUUGCUACAUGUUUCAUUUGGACCUAAUCAUUACAGUCAAACCAAGUCAAGCGUACCCCCCAAGAUUCUAUUAAUGAAUUGAUUAUUUGAAAAAUGAAUCCGUUGGUCGUUCCCGUAACUGGUGUCAAAUUCAAAGCGGCAUUUCUGCAUGCGUAAUGAGCAGUGAAUAUUUUACGAGAACUUCUCUGUAUUUGGUCAGAUUGGAAAUCUUUGAAUGGAUUAAGCUUCUUAGAAGACAUUUACAUCAAUUUCAGGGAAAAUGGAGCUGGUAUAAAUUUCAUAACUGCCUCGCGUGCGAAUUCACGGCUCAUUACACAUGCAAGAAUGCAGGGAUCACUCUGAAAUCUACAACUAGCAACGGAUUCAACUUUUGAAUAAUAAAUUCAUUAAUGUAUUCUUGGGGGGUACGCUUGACCUGGUUUGACUGUAACUUCAAUAAAAUAUCAACAAAUCAGAAUUAUAACGUCAACAUUGUAUGCAAGUAUGGUAUCACUGUGCGUUGUUGUCAAUUUAUUAGUCACCUCAAGUAAAUUUUACCACAUCAGAAUUCAUUAACUUUGUUGCCUUUGUGUUGUCGCACAGGAGCUGAAGUACUCUUUUCAAACAAAAGAAAGACUAAUAUUUGUAAUGGAAUAUGUCAAUGGUGGUGAGGUUAGUAAUAGACGUGUAUUAUCUUGGUUAUAUUAUUAUAUUAUUAUUAUUUAGUUUAAAAUAAAUAAAAAUGAAGCAAAGGGAAGUGGAGUGAAAAAAGAAUGGGAAAAAAGGAUGACAAAUCUAGCUACAGCUGUAGUAGCGGCCAGGGUGGGACUUGAUUUCAAGGCCGAAGGAUUGCAAGGUGAAUGCUCUACACAUGGCCUCACUGCCUCCUUAAACUAAAAAAAGGAAAUCAAAAACAGGAGGUGGGAAAGAAAUAUGAAGAGAACUUUGAAUUGCUUAAUGGCCACAGGAAUGUAAAUGUAAAUGCACAUAUAGCUGAUAGAAUGUGGAUUAUCACUAUACAGUGUAUCUUCAUUUUAAUAGUACAGUAUAUAUUCACUUCAUUCUCUUUAGGUAGAAAUAGAAAAUUAAUUCAAAAUGAUAGUGAUUAAAUCACAGCUUAUAUUUGUUGAUGUUGCUGUUUGCUAUUUUGUUUCAUCAGCUUUUUUUCCACCUAUCUAAAGAACGUGUGUUCUCAGAGGACCGGUCAAGGUUUUAUGCUUCUGAAAUUGUUUUAGCCGUCAAGUAUCUUCAUGAGAAGAAAGUUUACUCUAAUAUAAAACUGGUAACAGCAAGCUUUCUAUUACCUAUCUGAGAUGUGUGAUAUGUAUGAACUCAUAACAUGAGAAGAGCCACCUUUCUGUUACCUUGAAAAAAACAAACAAAACAAGUGGAAAGGAGACCAGGUUUAUGGCUUAAUGCCACCUCCCAAGAUCAUCGGCACUGAGACUAGAUUACAAUGCUGUGCUCUAAGGAACGUUGAAGGGAGCCCUGUGCUCUGAACCUCUGUAAUCCAGGGUGCCCAGCAUAUGAUUUGUAUGCAAAAACUAAGAUUUUCUGGUUACCGGAGAGCAAAAGUUAGGCGCUAGGGGACACCGGGACAGGAGCACAGCCUUGGAUUAUCACUUCACCCAGCAUGAGCUUGUAGUCCAGCAUUGGUUUGAGCACAGGCCUCCCACUCAGCAACCAGGGGUAAGCCUGCUGACUUAACUUGGUAGCAGUAAGUUUCCAUGAACUUAGUGUUUGGUGUUGUUAGUGAUCAACAUCAAUUUUCUCCUAACAAUAUUAAUACAUAACCAAGAGAAAAGGUUAUGAGAGUUAAUCCAGUGAUCACCAAAGAAAAAGGUUUUGAUUUUUAACAAAUUUUCUCAACAAAAAUGUAUGAAGAUCUGUCUGGAGAAUUUGUAUGCAGGUAUUGGAAAGAGAAAAUGGAUGAUGGUGACCUUUUAGGGAUAAAAGGUUACCAUGGGUGAAAUCUUGUGUAAUUUACUAUAAAAAUAAUACGACUUUCAGUACAUAGAAAAAUGUUUUGUGAUGUUUUUCUUAUCCACAGAUGUUGGCAGUGGACUACACUGAUAGAGAGGACAUUCCAUUUAGACAACCUUGCUGAAAGGUUUGCUGUUCACUAAACUGCAUCUGAUUGCUUGUGGUUACAGUUUUUUUAUUAUUUUCUAAAGGUUUAUGUCCAAUUUUCCCCUUGCCUCUUCCCUUUUGAGUGCCUGGCAUGGAGGAGGCUAAGGAAAGAGGCCCUGUGGUGGGUAGUAAUGUCCUCUGGGGGGGUGGUAAUGUAUGUCCCUAGACUGAUUUUCAAAACCUGUUGUUUUGCAUUUUGAGAAGGUGGCCAUGUCCCUGUUGGUAUUUUACUAUUGUAUUUGGAAUUUCAGUUUCAAUACCAUCUUCAUGUCGCUGUUUCAAGGCCUGUGUUGCUUGUUGAAAUGUUACCUUAGGGGCCUCAGGAAAGACCCGCUUGUCACAUAGAUUGGAAUUGAAUUGCAAGUCUUGGUUUUAUUCAAAGCCUCUUAAGCUUUUAGCCUUAAUAUUAUUUUGAAAUGUUCAUAUGCACAGUAAAUUUUGUUGUCAAAUUUUUCAGAGAAGAAUGGGUUUCUUCCAUUCAAGAGGUAGCUGAUAAAUUGCGUGAAAGUGCAAAAUAUGAAAAAGAGGACUCAGUGACAGAUGAAAUCACCUUGAGAAGUCAAAAAAUGGUUUGUUACUUAACUUUUUGUUUUAGAAGAAAACUGACUAACUGCCUCAAUGUAUGCUCUGUUUUACUGUGUCAGUUUGUUCUAAUUAGCAUUGUCCUUUAGCAUUCCCCCAAAACAUUCCAGUUUCAGAAAGCUCAGUGUUCUAAACAGGAUUUACGAGUCUUCAUAGCUAAUAACAUCACGGCUUAACUGACAGACGACCAAUAACAUCACGACAUAAUUGACCAAUCAAAUCAAUAACCAGAGUAUAAUAACAUCAACUGACGUGAUACAACUCACUUUGACUCUGACGAUGACUACAGAACAGGUUGUCGAAACAUCAGUCACUGUCAACA